AGGUUUUUUCCUACAAGGCCUCGUAAUAUCUAAGGAGUACAGUUCCAAAGACUGAAAAUAUUCCCUUAUAUAACUCGUGGACUUACCAGAUGAGCUGCACGCGCUCCUCCCUCUCCACAACCUGCCCAUUUAUAAAUCCAGAGGGAAAACAUCAUCAUUAUCAGAUAGGCUUCACACACCACCGUCUACGUAAGCUAAACACCUUUCUAUUGUAGCUAAUUUUGCUAUAGGCUAUAUAAAGACGACCUAUUCAUGCUUUCCAACAAAACUGACGGACCGCGUAGAGGACGGUCUUUUGACUCCAUCAAUAAGUUUUACGAAGAGAAGCAACUCAACAAUGAGAUGAACAAAACUACAUGUAAUAAGACUGACGAGAGCAAAGACAAGAUCAUCCCAUCAAAGAGAGAACAUGCUGCAAUUGUCUUCUCUCUAAAAAAUGAAGUUGGAGGUCUUGUGAAGGCAUUGAAACUAUUUCAGGACAACCAGGUAAACCUUUUGCAUAUUGAGUCUCGUAAGUCUCGAAGGCGUAACUCAGAGCUGGAGGUGCUGGUUGAUUGUGACAGUGAUCGAGAAACCCUGAAGGAAAUCGUUCAGCUACUGCGCAAACAAACCAGCAUUAUAUCCAUGGAAUCAGCGGAUAAGUUCAGCACUCCUGAAAAUGAUCUUGCCGAGGUGCCUUGGUUUCCCAAGAAUAUCUCAGAUCUGGAUAAGAGUGCCAGUCGUGUUCUGAUGUAUGGAUCAGAUCUGGAUGCUGAUCAUCCGGGAUUCAAAGAUAACGUUUACCGUAAGCGGAGGAAAUAUUUUGCUGAUCUUGCCAUGAGUUACAAACAUGGAGAUCCCAUACCACGUGUGGAGUUUACAUCAGAAGAGGUAAAGACAUGGGGUGUAGUGUUUCGGGAGUUAAACAAGCUAUACCCCACACACGCCUGCAAAGAGUAUGUGCGCAACUUGCCUCUGCUCACCCAAUACUGUGGAUACAGAGAAGACAACAUACCACAGCUGGAGGAUGUGUCCAACUUCUUGAAAGAACGAACUGGCUUUACCAUUCGCCCUGUUGCUGGCUAUCUUUCACCAAGAGAUUUCCUGGCAGGAUUGGCCUUCCGAGUGUUUCACUGUACACAAUAUGUGCGUCACAGCUCAGAUCCGCUGUACACUCCUGAGCCGGACACAUGUCAUGAGUUGUUGGGUCACGUUCCUUUGUUGGCUGAACCCAGUUUUGCACAGUUUUCUCAGGAAUUAGGACUGGCUUCUCUCGGGGCAUCUGAUGAUGCUGUCCAGAAACUGGCAACAUGCUAUUUCUUCACGGUGGAGUUUGGUCUGUGCAAGCAGGAUGGAAAGCUCAGAGCAUAUGGUGCUGGACUUCUCUCUUCCAUCAGUGAACUCAAGCACUCGCUCUCAGGCAAUGCUAAAAUCCUGCCUUUCGAGCCCAAGGUCACCUGUAACCAGGAGUGUCUCAUCACAACCUUUCAAGAGGUUUACUUCAUUUCUGAGAGCUUUGAGGAAGCCAAAGUCAGAAUGCGCGAGUUUGCAAAAAUGAUCCAGCGUCCGUUCUCACUGCGGUAUAACCCAUACACACAGAGCGUGUGUGUGCUAAAAGACAUGCCAAGCAUCAAUGGCGUGGUUGAGGAACUCAGACACGAGCUGGACAUUGUGGGAGAUGCUCUCUGUAGACUCAGCGCACAUCUUGGUGUCUGAGACCCUGAUCGAUCUUGCUCAUAUUAAUAGCUUUUAUUUUGAUAUGUCUCAUUUUAGAGCACAUUGUGUAUAGCUGUUUAAACAUCAUGUACCUAGCAUUCAGAUACAUUGAAUUGUACUACAGACGUGAAUCACUCCUAAUGUCUCCAUGAGCACUUUUUUUUGGUACUGAAUAUCAGACAAAUACAGCUAAGCCUUUAAAAUCAUUGCUUUAUAUAGCUUUUGAAAUAAUCAUCUCUACUCCUUCACUAUUGCUUAACACUAUCACAAUAUGACCUCAUACUAUAUUUACACAUUCAUAAUACUUUAAGGCAAGACUUAAAUGUCCUAUAUAGCAACAUUAUAGCUUAAGAAAAAGAAUCCAACUCUAAAUUUUGUCUGAACUUAAAAGGGACACUCCACUUUUUUUGAAAAUAGGCUCUUUUUCCAGC